AUGAAGUUCCUACUACUUCCACUUUGCACUCUUGCAGCCUCGGCCGCUGUAUAUGUCCGUGAUGUCGAAGAUGCUGACCGGGAGUACGUGGUCACCAUCGCAUUCGCCAAUGAAAAAACCGGUUACAAUUUUUUGGUAAACACUCCUGCCGAUCAUCGAGAGCACCAUAUUCAUAGCCUCUUCCACGGUUUCCCCGUGGGUAGUUCAACAAUGGCUACCUCAGCUCAACUGAUUGGUACACUGACACCGGACACGGCCUGUGUGAUCACGGAUAAUGGAAUCGAACUUGCUGUUUUGGAUACUAAGCACACCUUUGCUUGGAUAUCCGAAAAAGGUCACCAUGAUUCCCCGGUUGAUGUGGACCGUUUGUCUAUCAAGUGUUUGGCUUAA